GCCUCCUUCAAAGUCGCUUCUAUUUUGACAGCUAGUAAACUUUAAGGGUCUCGCGUCGGAUUUAUCCCCUUUCCACCCUUUUUCCGGUAUCGUUUUCACCGUCCACCGUGGAUUUGACCCCUAGGAUGGAGUGAAAAGCAAUAAUGGUGGUGAAUUCGGUGCACUGGUUUCGCAAAUGUCUUCGUUUACACGAUAAUCCGGCCUUGCAAGAGGCCCUCAACGGAGCGGAUACCGUGCGUUGUGUUUAUAUCUUGGACCCCUGGUUCGCCGGCGCCGCUAACGUGGGAAUCAACCGAUGGAGGUUUCUGCUGCAGGCGCUGGAGGACUUGGACUGCAGUCUGAAGACGCUCAACUCCAGAUUGUUUGUAGUCCGAGGGCAGCCUGCUGAGGUUUUUCCCAGGCUGUUUAAGGAAUGGAAAAUGACGAGGUUGACGUUUGAGUACGAUCCAGAGCCGUAUGGGAAGGAGCGGGACAAUGCCAUUAUCAAAAUGGCCCAAGAAUUUGGCGUGGAGACUGUUGUCAGGAACUCUCAUACCCUCUAUAACCUUGAAAGGAUAAUAGAGAUGAACAACAACAGUCCUCCAAUGACCUUUAAGCGUUUUCAGACCAUUGUAAGCAGACUAGAGUUGCCAAGGCGACCCCUGCCUCCCAUCACCCAACAGCAGAUGGACAAAUGUCAUACUAAGAUAGCUGACAACCAUGAUCAGCUCUACAGUAUACCUUCUCUGGAAGAAUUAGGUUUCAGGACCGAGGGUUUGCCGCCAGCUGUGUGGCGUGGAGGAGAGUCAGAGGCAUUGGACAGACUCAACAAACAUCUGGACAAAAAGGUGUGGGUGGCAAAUCUUGAGCACCCUCGGGGCAACAUGUGCUCUCUGUAUGCAAGUACAACAGGCCUCAGCCCCUAUUUGCGUUUCGGCUGCUUGUCCUGUAGGGUCCUCUACUACAACCUCAGGGAGCUCUACAUGAAGCUCCGCAAGCGUUGCAGUCCUCCGUUGUCCUUGUUUGGACAACUCUUAUGGAGGGAAUUCUUCUACACUGCUGCCACAAACAAUCCAAACUUUGACCGCAUGGAUGGAAACCCCAUUUGUGUUCAGAUUCCUUGGGACCAGAAUCCCAACGCACUUGCCAAAUGGGCUGAGGGCCGGACUGGUUUCCCCUGGAUCGAUGCCAUCAUGACCCAGCUCAGACAGGAAGGCUGGAUCCACCACCAGGCUCGGCACGCCGUGGCUUGUUUCCUCACCAGGGGAGACCUAUGGAUCAGCUGGGAAAGUGGCAUGAAGGUGUUUGAGGAGCUGCUGCUAGAUGCAGACUGGAGUGUAAAUGCUGGCAGCUGGAUGUGGCUGUCAUGUAGUGCCUUCUUUCAGCAGUUCUUCCACUGCUACUGUCCUAUCGGCUUUGGAAAAAGAACUGACCCUACAGGAGAUUACAUCAGGCGUUAUAUCCCCAUCUUAAAGGACUACCCAAACCGCUACAUAUAUGAGCCCUGGAAUGCCCCUGAGUCAAUCCAGAAGGCGGCAAACUGUGUAGUUGGAGUGGAUUAUCCGAAACCAAUGAUCAACCACGCUGAGGGCAGCAGACUCAACAUUGAGAGGAUGAAACAAGUUUACCAGCAACUCUCACAUUACAGAGGACUGAGUCUGCUCGCAUCAGUACCAACAAUCCAAGAAGAGGCAGAGCCACCAAUGACUGAUGAGUCUCAGACCAGCAGUGGCCCUGACUCUCCCUCCAGAGUUAUUGAUGAUGAAACAGCUGGCUGCUCUACAGCUCCUGAUUCAUCUACUGUCUGCGCAUCUUCCACUGCUGUUCCAGACCAAGAACUGGAAAAAGAUGGAAUGUUUUGCCAAUACCAGACAACCCCUAACUCCUUAGAUUCUCACUUACAGCCUUUUGCAGCCAUAACAUCAACAUGUGCAGGCUAUUUGGCAGCUGCAGAGCCCCCUCUAUCUUCAGGAUUGACAACAGGUCUGAACCCCUUAUCACGGUCCAAAACAACCCCGCCUUCCUCAUCCUGUUUCACUUUGCCGCCAUCCCCAAGUCAACCUCCAGCCCAAACUCAAAUGUCUUCUUUGGGGUUAAGGAAGAAAUGCUUUACCCGUAAAGUGCACCGUGGUCAGAGACAACGAGGGCGACAGAGUUGCUUUCGAGGGGUCAGAGAGGGAGCGAUUGAGAUAGCGAGAGGGGACGAGAAGAUGGACGAAGGUGUAGAGACAGACGAGGACAGAAUGGAAGAGGAGACUUAUGCAGCACAUCGGUAGUAAUAUACAUUACAGAAACACCUUAAUUUCUGGAGGAAACACAUCAAAGCAUGAUAUUAUUGCAUUUUGGAUCAAUCUCCCAUUCUAUCCAUUAUGUUUUUAUAUGAUAACAAACUAUAUAAUGCUGUUAACGGGUUUCUCUUAUUGACUCGCUUGUGUGAGCAAAAGUUAGAGUGGUUGGUGUGGCAGCGUUUUCUUAGUGGCAAAUAUUAUAUUUUCCAAUGUGGUUUCAGGACAAGAUUCUAUAUUUUUAUCCGGGUAAACUGGACAAAUAAGCUGAAGGAGCUGUUUUCUCAUUAUGCAGACAAUAGACACUCAUUGGAAACAUCGUACACAUGCACAAUGUCAUUCUAUCUCACGCAAUAGCUACAGUGUGAGAGGGACGGGUUACUUGGUUGGUCACCAAUGAUCCUGAAAAGAAUAAGGUAGAGGAUAAAUAAACAAGACCCAUAUCAAAUUGUAUCUCUUUACCAAGAAAUGCUAAGUACAUUAUUUCAGUGGUAGUUUACUGUGUUGUACGUAGCGCUGCACUGUUUAAUACUGGGAGCUGUUUCUUUUCUAUGUAUAAAAUAAGGUAACCAAAAUUCUAUAAAUUAUACAGUAUAAAUGCAUUCAACUGUCAAUAUGAUGCACUUGUACAGAUUUACACCAGUGCAAACUUCAACUGUGAUAACACACCUAUUCAUUUUCUUUCUCAUUGGCAGUCAAUCAAAACUGAGCAUUAGUAUCUUUGAAUAGAAGUAUUUAUUGAUAUUGUGUGUGUGUGUAUAUAUAUAUAUAUAUAUAUAUAUAUAUA